GCUGCUCCUUCGAGGCCGCGCCUUCGAGCAAGCCGAGGCUGCAGACUUCCCUGCUUGGCCUUCCGACGCGGGAAGAGCGGCGGCGUCGGCAACAGCAGCGGAGCCCAGCUGGUGGCAGGCAAUCGGUGGAGAUCCCGGAGCAUUAGCAGAAGGACCAGCGCCCCACAGCAGCGAGGAUGGCCCCGGCCUGCCCGAGGCCUCCGAAUAUCCGGGCCGAAACGCCAGACGGAAGGCUGCUCUGAGUUUGGAGUAGCGGAGCUGAAUUGGCGGAGGGAAGGGAAUUUUCCCACCAGGAACAAUGCAGCACCCCCUGGACCUGGGCGCCGCCGCCGCCCACUAUUUCCCCGCAGACCCCUUCGUCGACCACCGGUCGCAUCGCUAUCGGAGCUUUAUGAUCGAGGAGAUCCUGACGGAUCACCCGGAUGCGAAGAGCGCGGCACCAGCCGGGGAGCUGCUCAAAUUUGGCGUGAAGGCUCUACUCUCGGCCCGACCCUACCACAACCCCUUAGCAGUUCUGAAGGCGGAGCAGGCGGCAGUCUUCAAGUUCCCGCUGGCGCCGCUGGGCUGCUCGGGUCUGAGCUCGGCGCUGUUGGCGGCCGGCUCCAGCCUCCAAGGCGGCUCCGGGCCCCCGCACCUGCCGCUGGAGCUACACCUCCGCGGGAAGUUGGAGUCGGGAGCCCCCGAGGGGGGCAGUAAAUCCAAGAAAGGCCGUCGGAGCCGCACGGUUUUCACUGAACUGCAGCUUAUGGGCCUGGAGAAGCGCUUCGAAAAGCAGAAGUACCUCUCCACGCCCGACAGGAUAGACCUGGCGGAAUCCCUGGGCCUGAGUCAGUUGCAGGUGAAAACCUGGUACCAAAAUAGAAGAAUGAAAUGGAAGAAAAUAGUUUUGCAAGGCGGAGGCCUUGAGUCUCCCACCAAGCCCAAAGGUCGCCCGAAAAAAAACUCCAUCCCCACCAGCGAGCAACUGACCGAGCAAGAGCGAGCCCGGGAAGCUGAGAAGCAGCACGCGGAAAACCUCGACUCUCCCUGCCAAACCAUCCAGGAGCAAUAACGGAGCGCCGCAAGCUAAAGGUCUGGCACCCGGACUGUCGA